AUGGUUGUUCGAGCGACAAACAUUCCAGUUCGAAGUGAAGAGUUAACUCAAACAUCAUCGAGAAAAAGCAGCACAGCAACUGCACCUGCAAGUAAAUUUAUGCCAUUUAAAUCCAUGAGUAGUCAUCCACAUGUUUUCGUCACAAUCUCAUUAAAAGAUCAUCAUCUUUCAAGUCGAACAUCAUCAGCUGAAGGCACAAAUCCAAUGUGGAAUGAACAACUGAAACUUCCUUUCAAUCUUAAAUCUGAUGCAACCAAACGAGUUCUUUCAAUAGAUCUUUACGAUGAAGUUGUUGAAGAUCUAGUUGAUAAUGUGACAGAAGUUUAUCAAAGAAUUUCAAGCAAAUGGCUUGGAUCGCUAAAAAUUCCCCUCGCUCAUAUCUUCACUAAUCAACGCAUUGAAGGGAUGUUUGAAAUGACAAUUCCAACAGUUCUUUUAGGCUACACGAAGCCAACCUUCGCAGCAACUGAUCAAGGAUAUCAAACAAAUAAUUCCGAAGGUUUGCCUCACAUGUCAAAGAAAACUCACAUCAAUUUAUUUAUCAGUCUCGAACCAAACGCUGAAAUCCCUCGAAUGAUGUCAAACGGUCUCGAAUGCAUCGAAAUUGAACUUGUUGAACGUCAAAUCAAAAUGUGGUUUGAACAACUUAAACUUGAAUUUCCAUCACGUGUCACCAAAUGGAGUCCUUUAAUUACACUUUUAACAGGAAAGCGAGCUUGCAUCACAAGACUGUUGCAUCCAUUGAAGUUUCCUUUCGAUAAGAAUGAUGAAAUGACAGAAUUUAAAAUCAGAAGAUUUGUUUCAUUAAUUCCAUUGCAAAAUGACGCGAGUCCUUCAAACAGUUGUUGCAGUGGAUUGAAUGGCGUUUGGUUAUCAAACACUCAAAUCUUGGGAUUAAUGACGUCAUCGAACAAAGAUCUUGGAGUUCUCCUUACUUGUUAUUAUUUAGAACUUGGAUAUCCAUCGUGGCUAAUUCUUGGUUCAAGCAACACGUGUGGUGAAUGUUGUUAUGUUCUUAUGAGAAAGUCAAGCGAAUUCUUCAUCAUUGACCCAGCAAGUGGAAAGAAAUACAGCAGCAAAGAUGUUUAUUGUCCAUUGACAUCAUGCUUUUGUCUUGUCAAUCAAUACAAUGUGUGGGCGAAUAUUCAACGUGAACAGAGAAUUUUCAUGAUGCAGUUUGAUGUCAAUAGAAGCUUCGAUUGGCGACCGAUGUUUCAAAAAGUUGUUGACAUUCCUAAAGAAACCAUUCAUGACGUUACGUUUCGAUAUGAAAGAUCGUUUCAUGUCAAAGAUCUUCAACAAACAAUUCAAGCCAAAAUUGUUAAGAAAAUUAAUUCAUGGCGUUCACAUAAGAAAACGAUUUGGAAUCGAUAUGUUUGUGAGAAUCUCAAGCAAAUAUUGGAGAAGCUUGAGGACGAUGUUUGUUUCGAAAAUGACUUCGACGAUCAUGCUGAGAUGCUUAAAGCACUUUACGUAAAUUAUAAGAUCACUGGCUAUACAAUCAACAACAAAUACACAAACCUUUCAUCGAUUGUUAAUGACAUCAAGAACACUGGAAUUCACUUAAAUCUCGACAGUAAAGUUGAGUUCGCUUCGAGUGUUUACAUCAAAGAAUACGCCAACAAUGUCUUGUCAAUUUGGAUAUUUUUAAUGUCACUCACACCUAAAAUGUAA